CUCAACAUCCUGUUUUUCUCAAACAAACAUAACAGCCUCAGUCAAAGAAUGGCACUGGAAUUAACAAAGAGACAACAUAACAUUCAAGUGAAUGAAAUCAACGAACCAUCAGAGAUGAUCCAUCUUGCGGAGCAUGUCCAACCUGAUUUAAUUCUUUGUCCGUUCCUCACCAAACGAAUCCCAGAGGAAGUGUAUUCUAACGCAAGAAUUCCUUGCUGGAUUGUCCAUCCUGGAAUCGAGGGUGACCGUGGUGCAAGCUCCAUCGACUGGGCACUAUAUGACAGGGAAGACGAAUGGGGAGUGACCGUAUUACAAGCUGCUGAGGAAAUGGACGCAGGAGACAUUUGGAGCACUAAGAACUUUCAAAUCAGGCGACGAAAUAUCAACACACUGACCAAGUCGAGCUUGUAUGUCAACGAAGUCACUCAAGCAGCGGUUGAAGCUGUCCUUGAGGCAAUUAACAAUCUAUCAGAGGGAACAUCACCACGACCUCUUGAUUACAGUAAUCCACACGUGCGAGGCACCCUUCGCUCAAACAUGACCAAAGUUGACCGCUCUAUCAAUUGGGAGAUGCCAGCAGAUGAGAUAGCUUGUCAGAUACGUAUGUCUGAUUCAUCACCAGGAGCUCACGCCUGUUUUCGCACCAGCCAAGGCACAGAGGACAACGAAUGGACCAAGGCGUUUCGUGUCUUUGGAGCGCACUUGGAGAAAGGAAAACUCCGAUUUCUGCCUGGAAAACCUGGAGAGAUGCUGGGUCAGCGUCAUGGAUCUCUUCUAGUGAAGUGUGGUAGAGGAGCUGUUUGGGUGUCACAUCUCAAGAGAGACAAGCUAAAACUUCCUGCCAACAUGUGGCUACGAACAGGCGCACCAACUAUUAAAGACAUGUCAAAUCUACCCAUUCGGUAUGGCUCGCAUCCUAACACUUUCCAGGAUGUUUGGACAAGCAUGACCCCAGACGGCGUCUGCUUCGUGCACUUCGACUUUUAUAACGGGGCUAUGAGCACCAAUCAGUGCAAACGCCUUAUUUCCGUCCUUCGGCAGGUGGAAGAGAAUGAUUUCUGCAAGGUAAUGGUGCUCAUGGGUGGCAAUGAUGUAUUCAGUAAUGGCAUCCACUUGAACAUCAUCGAGGCAGCCGAAGACCCAGCCCAAGAAUCGUGGAACAACAUCAAUGCCAUUAACGAUGUGGUGCGCUGCAUCUUCACCAGCAAAAAGAUCACGAUCUCUGUGCUUCGUGGAAAUGCAGGCGCCGGUGGAGUGAUGAUGGCCUUAGCGAGCGACUUUGCAUUUGCUCGGGAGGCAGCUGUGUUGAACCCACAUUACAAGAAGAUGAAGCUUUACGGUUCAGAGUAUCACACUUACUUCCUUCCAAAGCGCGUGGGACAAGAUAAAGCGAACGAGCUCCUGUCCAAUGCCGAACCCAUCCUGGCCUGUGAAGCUGCAGAAAUUGGCCUCUUAGAUGGCUGCUUGGGGGACGAUGCAGAGGAGUUUGAAAGCUGGGUGAAGCAUCAAGCAUCGUUUCUUGCGAGGUCGCCUUUGCAGAUGCACUUUGUUCGAAAAAAGAACAGAAAAGUUAGCAAAGAGGUGAUGGAUACUGUAGAAAGAUGCCGAGCAAAUGAACUUUCAAUGAUGGCCCGAAACUUUCAAGAUCCAGAGUAUCACCAAGCGAGGAAGAACUUUGUUUAUCAUUAAAGUAUCAUUUAUUUAGUGUAAUGAUCAUACCUUGGUAUUCAAUCAAUCUGAACUUAAAAAGUUGAAUCGACCCAUGAUAUGAUAAAGUGAGGAGUACAGCGUUAGUUACAGCAACUGUAAUGUCACCCCCACAGUUUAUAGCAACUGAGCUAGACCGAUUUGGUUAAAGCACUUUGUCAUUUCAAAUAGUUUCAGUUGUCAGUAUGAAAAAACCUCUCUAGGAUAAGGACAUUACUAAGUUGCAGUCUAUUCUCGCCUUAAAAAAAUUUCCAGGUGUAGCCAUUUUAAAUUUGUCUCAUCUAAAAUGUUAUGCAGUGUUUAAAUGAAUAACGGUGGAAGUAUAAAGCAAAAACUUAACAUAUAAUCGAAAUAGAGGCGCUGAGUGUGAAAAAUUGACAAAAAAAAUCGAUGACAUUUCGUCCAGCAGGUUUUUUUCUCUACAUCAGAGGUUUCUUUUCCAAUUUAAGUGGAAUCUAGUCUUCGUUCUCUAUCUUCUUAAAAAGGUAGAUGUUUCCAUUUCAAAAUUGAUAUUUUAUGAUUUAUAAAAAGAAACGCGACUUUUUAUAGUAGAAAGGGAAUUUUCAUACAGUAUAUUAUUCACCCUUAAAAUAUUAACAGUGACCGAUGACAUGUAUUGCAGCAUUAGCAAUCUAAAGUUACCAGAGGUUAACUUACCUUUAUGAUGUUACUUUUGAAAUUUUAAGCGCUUGUUAGACCAUGUUAGUUAGUAUUUUUAAAAAUAACUGAGACUCCACCAUUGUAACUUUUGAUGUGUAUUUUAAUCAAAUGAAUAAAGACGUUAAUAUUAUUAUUAUCAUCAUUAUUCUAUUAUUAUUAUUAAGACUUUAAUCUAUCACGUAAUUUAUAGGAAGAAACGAUUCCGUUUCGAAAAGAUGUCCUCUGCGCAGAUAAACUUUGUCCGUUUUCAAGAUACCGUCCUGAUCAUCAGUUUUAAAAAAAAGCUUCCAACUUCCUUGACGCUCUGCGCCUCCGGAUGUCUUGGCUUUCCUGCUUGAGGUUUCUCUUUUCUAAGCCAGCAUCUUUCCGUUAACUGCAUGUGUGCGCCUUUGUUCUUUUAUAAAAUAAUACGUGCAAAAACCGUUUUAACAGAUUUUUUGGGCAAUGAGCAGUGUUGAUUGAAAAGAGAAACAAAGGGAUCAACGAAGAAAUGAAUUCUUGAUCGAUAGAAGUAAAAUUUUCAAAGACGUCAUUGUACAUUGACUUUGUAACAACCUGUUUAAAACUGUCAGGUCGGAGAAAAGACUCGUAAAACUAAGCUGGGUCAUAAUACUGCAAAGAAUAAUAAGAGGUCAGCAUGUGCUUGAAAAAUGUGAACCCGGUGAAUUAAAAUAAACCAACAAGUUAGCGUAGCAAAAUCUCUCCCUCCCCACUGUUUUAAAACAAUGGUUUUGGUACUUCAAUGGUUUAUCUCGUGAUCCGUGAACAAAGACUGUCAUUUCAUAACUACAGCGAAUUAUCCUUUCCGUCAGAAAGGCAUGCAUUAUAACAAAUUUUUCCAAAUCACGUUUAUUGAUUACAAGGUCAGAUCCUUUUGGGACAUCAUGAUUGAAAAGACCCCACACGGUUCUUCGUCAGCCCGGUGUCGUGGCUAACUCAACACUUAUUUUAAAAGUUGAGUAGUACAUCCUACUGAGGAUUAGAAAGGAACAUCGGGGUGAAGCAUGACGUUAUUGACGUUUGACGUGAUUCACCUCACAGGAAAACCUAUGAUCCGACUAUGUGGUUAGAUUUAUUUUAACUGAUUACACUUCUAACUACACGACUUUGCUUGACAUGUGGAAUAUGUUCAUGAACAAAACUGACAAAAUAAGAGAGGGUCAAAUACAAAUCGGCGACAAACAUAACUACAGACCUCUCUCUCAACCCAUGGUGAAAGAAACGUACAGCAAGGUCUUGCGCCUAAUUACGGAUCUUCACUGUGAAAAUCAUAUUGAUGACAUGAAAAGAAAAUGACUAUCUCAAACACCUAAUCUCAAACACCUAAACCACAAUUCUAAGCAGAACCGUUUUUAAACCUACAGUUUGGAAACGCUGCAUUGACAAUAUCUUUUCCCUGUGGGACAUAAGUAAACCAGACAUCGAAUCGCGAAGCGUACAUCGAACAAGCAAACUUUAAUACAUCACCCAACUAUAAAAUUCACGGCCGAAAUAUCUGGCACUGAGACUGUGUUUUAGACACGGUUGUAUACAAAGGCACAAGAUUCAAGGAAAAAUCUAUCGUUGACGUAAAGACACAUUUUAAAAGAACGGAAACCUUCCAGUACACACAUUUCACCUCUUGUCACAAGCCGAGUGUUAAAAAAGAUUUGUCAAAGAAGAACCCUUGAGAAUCCUACGAACAAACUCCUCAAAAACUACUUUUGAGGAAAAUAUUUCAAAUUUCAAAAAACGCUUGAUUGACAGAGGCUACCACCUUCUAUCAGAUAUAAAGUUCACAGAGAGGGAGUCUGCACUCCAGAAACACAACAACGAAGAGGAAAAAAAUUAUUGCGUUUCGUGACACAGUACAAGCCCUCAGUGUCUACUUUAAAAGAAGUUUUACUGAAAAAAUGGAAUCUUACACAAAACCCACCUUCACUUCGCCAAAUUUUUAAAGAACCAAGAAGAAAGGAAAAUCCCUAAAGGACAUGCUCGUUAGAGCUAAAAUAUAAAAGGUUUACACAAGGUUUCACGCCGGUAUAGAUGUGCGGCCUGUCACCCCUUGCAUUUUCUCAAACUGACUAAUUAUCGCGCGAUAGUUUUUACAUUUUCUCAUUUAUGGCGCGAUAAACUGGGAGUGACUAAUUAUCGCGCGAUAAUUCAAACUUAUCGCGCGAUUAACUGACUAAUUAUCGCGCGAUAAUUUCAACUUAUCGCGCGAUAAGUUGAAAUUAUUGCGCGAUAACUUAAGGGAAAAAAUAUAUUGUAAUGUCCCUUACGGGCUACCGUACGCCCAAGAAUGAACACGUCACUGAUUUUAAAACAAUCACCUGUGGUUACUGUAGCGUCAAAAAACGUACCUAAGAAUGAGAAGUGCUAUUGUCAUAUCAGCGUGUUAAAGGACACGAACGGGACAGGGCGAGGACUUAAGCUCUGAAAACACCAUCUCAUGAACCGGAAACUAGCGGAAGUCUUUAUUCAUUUCACUAUUGAUGCAAAGAGCACUUAGUGCAUAUACUUAUUUUUCCUUUACGUCAGAAAUUGAGGUAAUUUAAUAGAAUUUUCUCCAAGCACAUUUAUUCAGCUGUAAAUUGUUUUGGAGCAAUUAGAAAUAUAGGAGAUUUGGGGGCUAUUAACCCCAGCCGGAGUGAAAUCAAACGUAAGUCACAUUUUAUUUGUUCCACAGUCACGUUAGAAAUCGCUUAGUUUCCCUUCUGAUUUACUUUUCACCUCUACUGCUUUAAAUACUGGGACUGGUCUGGGAACGCGACAACGGUUUCUAACGUUCUUUCAUUAUUACUUAAAAGAGGCACCCAGCGACUUUUUUCUGUAAAAUAACUGUUUGACGGAGCAAAUAUUGCCUAGAAAUUUCUAAAGCUUGAGAAAAGCUCAAAAUUUCUGGAUAACUGUUCCAUUCGUCUCAAAUAUUCGGAGGUUUUCUAACAGCUUAACUACGAUUUUCGGAGGUGUGUUAUUCACAUUUUGAUAGCAAGAUAUUGCGAUUAUUGUCAAAAAAGGUCUCCUAAAAAUUUCGGUUUAACUGGACGAAACGUCCUCUAUAAUUUUCUAGUAAAACUAGGCUACUUCAUGUCCUAAAACUUUCGACCGGACCCAUAAGGGUAGCUACCACUUUCGGAUGAGACGAAAAAGCCACCUGAGACUUUCGUGACAACCAUAGUUCUCCUAAGACAUCCGAACAGAUAAAUAGUUUUUAGCGCAACUCCAAAUUAACCAAACAGGAUUUCUAAACAACAGAGAAAACCAUUUGAGACACUUCUGGCGUAUUUAGGAACGUUCGGUCGUUGGGUGCCCCUGACUUAAUCAAACCAUGCAUAAUUAUUCUCGUUGAUAAAAAAACAAAACAGGUAAUAAUGCCUUUGAAUUCGUUUUCUUUUAUCGGAGACGUACACAUUAUAUUUUUUGCCUUUUGCCUGGGACACUUCGCUUCUCUGUUCUUGGAGAACUUUUCAUGCAACGAGAGUAUAAAACUUGUGAUGUUUUCUUUCUAUCACACCCUGUGGGAGAUUGAGUAUCAGUUAUCCAAAAUUCGUCUUGGCAAAUAAGGUAGUCAACUUAAUAGUGCUUUAAGGAUCACUGAUACGAUUUGCUCCUGUCUCUUUAAGGGUCCAUUAUCCUAUCUUUUGCGGUUGUUGCUAGGAAUAAGUCGUUAAGCUGUAACUUUACGUAAUGACGCACAUAUGUGACGAAAUUUGGACAGUGGUCCGAAAGUGACCGGUUGGUUAAGAGGUUUUAAAAUCAGUUUUUCUUCCAUUGUACUCAGUGUUUCUCACAGUUCACUCUUAAUCUCGUACAAAGUAAGAAGAAAACGCCAUAAUCACCCCACGCGGAGUGAUUAUAACGACACAUGACGCAAUCCUUGACCAAUCAGAGUGCGCGAAUCUCUAUAAUCACCUGAGUAAUUAUACUAAAGUACUGAUAAUCGGCAUUAUAAUACAUUGUACUCACUAUCUGUCUUCUCAUUAGCUAAGAACUUACGUUUAAUUUGAUUUGGAAAACAGCGCAACCUACAAAUUAGUCAGUUAUCUGCUAAUCUGUACUGGGGGUUGGCCGCGCAAUGCAUGAUUUCCAAGAGCUAUGUCAAACUGUGUUCCACAUGAUGCUGUGUUUUUCCUUAUUUUCUUAUGAAUUAAUGUAUGAGCAAACAAUUAUUAGAUUCGGUUUUCAUGAUGUCCGGAAAAAUCAAGGUUAUCUGCCGAGCCGAAGACCGAGGAUAAUCCGUAACAUUUACCUCGGCCUUGAUUAUUCCGGGUAUCACAAAAACCAGACGUAGCUAAUCGAACAAAACCGAACUAGAAAUCAAUCGAACUCAAUCUAACCCAGUCGGUCGGAUUGUUUUUCGAUUGUUGUUUAUAACGCGCGUCUUUAUCUAUUUGAUAUGUAGUUAUUACUUGUAUUCUUAAGCAUUCCAGCCAAUGAGUAACUAAUUAAGGGCCGGGACAAUUGCUGUAAUAAGUCUAAUAACUCACAAAGAAAAUGCAUCUAAAUGGCUUAUUCGCGCCUAAAACUAAGACUAUUGCUGAAGAAGCUAUUUGUAAAACGUUUGUUAUCUUUGCUUUUUCUUUAGGUUGGCAAGUUCAGUCACGAUUGUUGUGAAGAUGUUGAGAAUAACUACCCUGCAAACUUUCCUAAAGCCAUGGAUCCUGUCGCCCCUUCACAGACGACUGAAAUCCCAGUACCUAAAACCAGAGAGAAUUUCAACUUUCCCAGAACUCGGAAAAAAGCUGAACAUCCUGUUUUUCUCAAACAAACACAAUAGCCUCAGUCAAAGAAUGGCACUGGAAUUAACAAAGAGACAACAUAACAUUCAAGUGAAUGAAAUCAACGAACCAUCAGAGAUGAUCCAUCUUGCGGAGCAUGUCCAACCUGAUUUAAUUCUUUGUCCGUUCCUCACCAAACGAAUCCCAGAGGAAGUGUAUUCUAAGACAAGAAUUCCUUGCUGGAUUGUCCAUCCUGGAAUCGAGGGUGACCGUGGUGCAAGUUCCAUCGACUGGGCACUAUAUGACAGGGAAGACGAAUGGGGAGUGACCGUAUUACAAGCUGCUGAGGAAAUGGACGCAGGAGACAUUUGGAGCACUAAGAACUUUCAAAUCAGGCGACGAAAUAUCAACACACUGACCAAGUCGAGCUUGUAUGUCAACGAAGUCACUCAAGCAGCCGUUGAAGCUGUACUUGAGGCAAUUGAGAAUCUAUCAGAGGGAACAUCACCACGACCUCUUGAUUACAGUAGUCCACACGUGCGAGGCACCCUUCGCUCAAACAUGACCAAAGUUGACCGCUCUAUCAAUUGGGAGAUGCCAGCAGAUGAGAUAGCUUGUCAGAUACGUAUGUCUGAUUCAUCACCAGGAGCUCACGCCUGUUUUCGCACCAGCCAAGGCACAGAGGACAACGAAUGGACCAAGGCGUUUCGUGUCUUUGGAGCGCACUUGGAGAAAGGAAAACUCCGAUUUCUGCCUGGAAAACCUGGAGAGAUACUGGGUCAGCGUCAUGGAUCUCUUCUAGUGAAGUGUGGUAGGGGAGCUGUUUGGGUGUCACAUCUCAAGAGAGACAAGCUAAAACUUCCUGCCAACAUGUGGUUACGAACAGGGGCACCAACUAUUAAAGAUGUGUCAAAUCUACCCAUUCGGUAUGGCUCGCAUCCUAACACUUUCCAGGAUGUUUGGACAAGCAUGACCCCAGACGGCGUCUGCUUCGUGCACUUCGACUUUUAUAACGGGGCUAUGAGCACCAAUCAGUGUGAACGCCUUAUUUCCGUCCUUCGACAGGUGGAAGAAAAUGAUUUCUGCAAGGUAAUGGUCCUCAUGGGUGGCAAUGAUGUAUUCAGUAAUGGCAUCCACUUGAAUGUCAUCGAGGCAGCCGAAGACCCAGCCCAAGAAUCGUGGAACAACAUCAAUGCCAUUAACGAUGUGGUGCGCCGCAUCUUCACUAGUAAAAAGAUCACGAUCUCUGCGCUUCGUGGAAAUGCAGGCGCCGGUGGAGUGAUGAUGGCCUUAGCGAGCGACUUUGCAUUUGCUCGGGAGGCAGCUGUGUUGAACCCACAUUACAAGAAGAUGAAGCUUUACGGUUCGGAGUAUCACACUUACUUCCUUCCAAAGCGCGUGGGACAAGAUAAAGCGAACGAGCUCCUGUCCAAUGCCGAACCCAUCCUGGCCUGUGAAGCUGCAGAAAUUGGCCUCUUAGAUGGCUGCUUGGGGGACGAUGCAGAGGAGUUUGAAAGCUGGGUGAAGCAUCAAGCAUCGUUUCUUGCGCGGUCGCCUUUGCAGAUGCACUUUGUUCGAAAAAAGAACAGAAAAGUUAGAAAAGAAGUGAUGGAGACUGUUGAAACUUGCCGAGCAAACGAACUUUCAAUGAUGGCCCAAAACUUUCAAGAUCCAGAGUAUCACCAAGCGAGAAAAAACUUUGUGUAUCAUUAG